UCUCCCCUUUAAACAAGGAAGUCGGCUAGAAAUAUUCGGGGGAUUUUGUAACUAGAUAGCAAUAGAUCGUAAUGCUUGAAACCACUAUUGAAUUGAGACUCAUAAGCAGUCAGUUGCAAGAGCUCGUGUCUUGUUUUUUUUUUUUUCUUUAACAAAAUGGCAGAUACACCUAGGAUGUACCUUCCAAAACUACAUGUGAUCUACGACAACAACUUCAGUGACUUCGUCAUUACUGGUAGGCCUAAUAGUGUAAUCCACAAUAUUAACAGCAACGUCGUCGUUGUUGGUAACGGACUAGGACACUGCGGUGAAGACAAUUAUAAGUGGCGGUGGCAUCAUUCAUGCCAGAGACAAUGUGUGCGGAAUUUCCACAUCAACGUCGUUGUCAUUGCCGUUGUCGCAUCGUUACGAGGGAAGCGGCAGGCCUACGUCUUGGAUACCACGCCGUGGUGAUGAUGGCGUGUCGGGGGUGAACGAUGUCAGUUCAAGUGAUAGUUAUCAUGAGCUGAAUUUCAGUGUUUCUUGGAUGCCGGCAACUGGGCUGGUGCCUUCGAUAUACAGAAGUGUCUAUAGUCGUACGUCAACUCCAUCAUCCACUGGAUACUCAAACCCCGGUCUCUCCAUUUUACAACAGCCAGCUACACAGAGUCGCAACCCGUCAUCGAAGCGCUGUUUUAUUGCUGUUGCCGUCGUCGCGUUUAUAGUUCUGUGUUCUGUCGGGGUACCUGUUGCGGUCCUGUACCAACAAAUCGCACAACUCGGGAACCCUCCGACGACAUUGCUACCAACGCCAGUAACAAGACAACCUUCACCUAAUACAACGUUAACAUCUCAGCACACUAUUACUAGUACACAACCAACAACGAGCGAGAACGUUACCACUACUGUCUCUUCAUCACCUCAACCCACUUCUAACCGGCCACGGAUGACAACUAAUGCGCCAAGUUCACAGAGGUGUUACCAAUGCAAUAGCCACGUGCGCAGUUGUCCUGCCAAUGGGAAGCUGACUAUCCAGUAUGCAGAUGUACCGUGUAGGCAUGCCUGUUACGUGGAAGUUAACGGCCAAGACGAACAUUACGUAUAUCGAGGGUGUGUCACCGGUUUAGGCGAUCAGUUCAUGAAAGCUUCAAAUGACGUCACAAUAUGUCAUCAAAUACAGCGAUCACUUGGAAGUACCAGUAACUAUAGCACAGUUUGCUUCUGUUAUGGACAGUUUUGUAACACCAACGAUAUGCGAUCUUACGGCGGACGGGAUUAACAGUGUGACACAAGAUCUUGUUGUUGUUUUUUGUUCACAUACUCGUUGAAGAGAACGCUGUAUCAAACAGCGAUAUCCUACAUGUACGAGAUCGAUUUUAAAACAUCUGAUUGGUUAUUCCAGAGUGCUGUAAGAUGCAUUCAUUACCCGUGCAAGCCCAACUCCAUUUUAAAGAAGGUGGAGUUGAAAAAAGAGGCUAUAUCAAAGUAUUGAAACAUAUAUCAGUAUUGUGUUAAAUUAUGUGACUAACUUUAAUUAUAAGAACUGAUCUCCAAAGAAAAAUGUACACACGUUUUGUAUAACUUUGUGUGUUCCUUGUGCUAGGACCUGACUGUCAACUGUCACGACGAAAUAAGACAACUCAACGGCUACGUUGUAAUUUCCCGAUUUACGAUGGGUGCGCUCAAAUUAACAAUUUAUGGGUUAUACGACGAGAAUCGAGUUGUAAGACUAGCAACUGGACAGUCGUAGAAGACGUGAGAGCAGAAAUUUGGCCAACUUUGUCGUGGCAGUUGGUAAUCUAAGACUAGCAUUAGCAUUAUGACCGAUGCCAUAUAACCGUAAGUAAAAUGAGUUGAGUGCGCGUCAUUAAAUAAAACAUGCCUUCCUUUUUUCCUAAGCAUAAAUAUGUUUCCUGCGUAAGGCUAGAAGCAGAAAAUGCAGCAUGGCAACUGAUAAAAUCAUAAUGCUGGCUUACCACAAGUGGCUAUUCCCGUGGCAAGACAAGACAAGACUUUAUUUACACCCGGGCCGUUACACAAUGGCAUAGGAGGAAUAUAUACAUAAACAUUUUGUUAUAUACACGUGACAAGAUGGUUAACAGUAAAUACAUUAAUUACAAUA